AUGGUUUUGAAAGUUCCUCUCAUUGUGGUUAUCCUUGUGAUAUGUUCCUGUGCUGUGGAAGCCAUAUCUGGGAAUCACAAUCUCAACAAAAAUGGAUCUUCUCUGGCUGCAAUAAAGUUUCCUAAUCAUCCAAGUUUCAAUGCUGUCUCUUCUUCUGGGGACACUGAUUGUAGUCUCUCAAAUUCUGAGCAACUUGGGCAUUCUGGACCUACCAUGACAUCAAAUGAAGAGAUUGAUGAUGAUGAUGAUGGUGAAGGUGAAGAGGGUGAGGCUUUUCUAGCUGCAAACCCACACAAGCAAUCGGUGAAACUCCAUUUGAAACACAGGUCGGCGAGCAAAGAUGCUGAACCUAAAAAAUCUGUGAUUGAUUUCACAGUAAGGGAUUUGACCAGAAUUCAGACCCUUCACAGAAGGGUCAUAGAAAAGAAGAAUCAAAACACCGUUUCAAGGCUACAAGAGAAGAAAUCUAAGCCGGUGAUUGCUCCGGCAGCUUCGCCGGAGUAUUUUGGAAGUGGGGUUUCCAGCCAGCUUGUGGCAACCUUGGAAUCAGGGGUGAGUCUUGGCUCAGGUGAGUACUUCAUGGAUGUGUUUGUGGGAACCCCUCCUAAGCACUUUUCUCUGAUACUUGAUACUGGUAGUGACCUUAAUUGGAUUCAAUGUGUUCCUUGUAUGGCAUGUUUUGAGCAAAGUGGGCCUUAUUAUGAUCCUAAAGAUUCUAGUUCUUUUAAGAAUAUAAGUUGUCAUGAUCCUCGGUGCCAAUUGGUUUCAUCCCCGGAUCCACCUAAGCCUUGCAAGAAUGCGAAUCAAACUUGUCCCUACUUUUAUUGGUAUGGAGAUAGUUCCAACACUACUGGUGAUUUUGCAUUGGAAACCUUCACUGUUAAUCUUACAACACCUUCUGGGAAGUCAGAACUCAACCGUGUGGAGAAUGUAAUGUUUGGAUGUGGUCAUUGGAAUAGAGGUCUCUUUCAUGGAGCUGCUGGUUUGCUAGGAUUGGGAAGAGGUCCAUUGUCAUUUGCUUCUCAAUUGCAAUCUCUUUAUGGCCAUUCCUUUUCCUAUUGUCUUGUGGAUAGAAAUAGCAACGCAAGUGUGAGUAGCAAAUUGAUCUUUGGUGAGGACAAGGAGCUUCUUGGCCACCCUAACUUGAAUUUCACUUCUUUUGUUGGUGGGAAAGAGAAUCCAGUUGAUACAUUUUACUAUGUUCAGAUAAAAUCUGUUAUGGUUGAUGAUGAGGUGCUAAAGAUUCCUGAGGAUACUUGGCAUUUGACAGCAGAAGGUGGUGGUGGUACAAUAAUUGAUUCUGGUACCACUCUAACAUAUUUUGCUGACCCUGCUUAUGAGAUUAUAAAGGAGGCUUUUGUGAAGAAAAUUAGAGGCUAUGAUCUCGUUGAAGGCUUUCCUCCUCUAAAGCCAUGUUAUAAUGUGUCUGGUAUUGAAAAGAUGGAGCUACCUGAUUUUGGGAUCUUAUUUGCUGAUGGAGCAGUGUGGAAUUUUCCAGUGGAGAAUUACUUUAUCCAAAUUGAGCCUGAUGUUGUUUGUUUGGCUAUUUUGGGGACCCCUAGAUCUGCCCUUUCAAUAAUUGGAAACUAUCAACAGCAGAAUUUUCACUUACUGUAUGAUACGAAGAAAUCUAGACUUGGGUAUGCACCCAUGAAAUCGAGUAAGGAGGUGCCCAUUCAAAUUUCAAAGCGCGUUGAUUGCGGCAACGAAGAUGCCGUUGACUCUGGACUGCUGACCCGACCACCAAUCUCGGGCUACCCGGAAUCGGAAUCGGUGGAAAUGGUUGCGUUGAGGUUUCACCAGUACCAGGUUGUGGGUAGGGCUCUUCCUACGGAAAACGAUGAGCACCCAAAGAUGUACCGCAUGAAACUCUGGGCCACCAAUGAGGUCCGUGCUAAAUCCAAGUUCUGGUACUUCUUGAGAAAGUUGAAGAAAGUGAAGAAAAGCAAUGGGCUAGUGCUAGCCAUCAAUGAGAUUUUUGAGAAAAACCCAACCAAGAUUAAGAACUAUGGAAUUUGGCUGCGUUAUCAGAGUCGUACUGGCUACCACAAUAUGUACAAGGAAUACCGAGAUACUACUCUAAAUGGUGCUGUUGAGCAAAUGUACAACGAAAUGGCUUCUCGUCACAGGGUGAGGCAUCCAUGCAUUCAGAUCAUUAAGACUGCAACUGUUCCCGCUAAGCUGUGCAAAAGGGAGAGCACCAAGCAGUUUCACGACUCGAAAAUCAAGUUCCCCUUGAUGUUCAAGAAGGUUAGGCCCCCAACUAGGAAGCUGAAGACAACAUACAAGGCAUCCAAGCCCAACCUGUUUAUGUGAUUCAGU